CAGUCUGGGCAGGCGGCGCGCAGGGGAGGGCUGGGGGGCCGGGGAACGGCGUACGGGGUUCCGGAGACGGCCGGAUGUGGGCUGCCUUUGAGGACGGCGCGCUCCGGCCACGCGAAGCCGCCUGUGGGUCUGCCAUCCGCAAGGACCUCAGGUGAGUGGAACUGCGGAUGGCUGAGACCCGGGGGUGCACCCUGACCUCUUCACACUAAGGCCCAGGAGCCUCUGCCACCUCCCAGCUCUCGCUGCUCCGGCACCGUCAUCCCACAUCCGGCCCCGUCCUCCAUCCUCUCAUGUUCCAAGCGGACUGGCGCUUCCCACCCCCUCGGUGGUGGGCUCUGCCCCUCACAGCGGGUCCUGCUGAGAAACGGCCAUGUGGACAUCCAGCCAUCGGCGGCUCUGUCUGGCCUUCCUGCUAGUCUGUGUCCUCUCAGCUAUCUCCUUCUUCUUCCAUAUCCACCAAGACAUCUUUCGACACGGCCUAGACCUGUCUGUUCUGUGUCCAAACCGCCACCUGGAGACACCUCCAGUGGCCAUUUUCUGCCUGUCCGGUACACCGCUGGACCCCAACACCUCCUCUUCCUGUCCCCAGCUCCCUGCCUCCCUCUCAGGAACCUGGACUAUCUACCCCGACGGCCGGUUUGGUAACCAGAUGGGGCAGUAUGCCACCCUGCUUGCCCUGGCGCAGCUAAACGGCCGCCAGGCCUUCAUUCUGCCAGCCAUGCAUGCCGCGCUGGCCCCCGUGUUCCGAAUCACCCUGCCUGUGCUGUCGCCCGAAGUGGACAGUCACACGCCUUGGCAGAAUCUGCACCUACAUGACUGGAUGUCAGAGGAGUAUGCCCACUUGAAGGAUCCUUUGCUCAAGCUCUCUGGCUUCCCCUGCUCUUGGACUUUCUUCCACCAUCUCCGAGAACAGAUCCGCAGUGAAUUCACCCUGCACGACCACCUUCGAGAAGAGGCCCAGAGUUUACUGAGUCAGCUCCGCUUGGGCAGCACUGGGGACCGCCCGCGGACCUUCGUGGGCGUCCAUGUGCGCCGUGGGGACUAUCUGGAGGUUAUGCCACAUCGCUGGAAGGGUGUGGUGGGUGACCAAGCCUACCUUCAGCAGGCCAUGGACUGGUUCAGGGCACGGCAUGAAGCCCCUAUUUUUGUGGUCACUAGCAAUGGCAUGGAGUGGUGCCGGAAAAACAUUGACACCUCUCAGGGUGAUGUGAUCUUUGCUGGCAAUGGGCAGGAGGGUGCACCCGGGAAAGACUUUGCACUGCUCACGCAGUGCAACCACACCAUCAUGACCAUUGGGACCUUCGGCUUCUGGGCUGCCUACCUGGCUGGUGGCGAUACUGUCUACCUGGCCAACUUCACCCUGCCAGACUCUGAGUUCCUGAAGAUUUUUAAGCCAGAGGCCGCCUUCCUGCCUGAGUGGGUGGGCAUUAAUGCUGACUUAUCUCCACUCAGGACAGCUUUUGGACCUUGAGAGCUGGGAAACUUUAUAGAAUAGCCUGAUCAUUCCAGAACCAGUGGUACAUGUCUCCAGAGACCUAGCACCUUCAGGAGAAGUUUAUGGUGGUCCUGGAGCAGGUGGGCACCCAUUUCCAGAGCCAUUCUUGUUGGGCAGACUUGGAGAGAAGGGGAAGCUUUCUGGAACUGCUUGAACAUUGUAGAAGCAGCAGAAUACCUUGGUAAUGUGUGAAGAGGCUCUUGGCAGCUCUAGAAGCUGCAGUGGCCACCUGCUCUUUCCAGCCCAUAUCUAAGUACUUCUAGAUGCAGUGCCCAGGAACAAGGAACACUUCCUCUAGUGUUGAUCAUCCAGGUGUUUUCUAGAAGAGAUGUUAGUUCUCCCCUGGGUCCUCAGAAGCCUGAAAGAGCUCAUGGUGGGUCUAGAGCAAGCCCUGCCAGCUCCUCCCUGUGUCUCUGGAGUGCUCCUGGGGAGGAUUUGUUUUAGAGAGGCCAGGUCUAAUGCUUGUGAAGAACCCUGAAGGACCCUUCCAGAGGGAAUGGGGUUCUGGAAUUCCAGAAAACUUAGGUAAAAAAUAUAAUGAAUGUAUAACCAGAAGCUCAACACCCCACGGUUGCCAGAAAGAUUAGGGGAGAAGACAAACUAUUGCAGCCAACAUCCUGCUCUGCUUCCAGGCUCUGGAAAAGCUGGGUGCAUGGUGAGCAGAGUGGAACUCUCUUCAACGCUUCAGCCCAGAAAGUGUCAAAGAUUUUUUUUUGGUGGGGGUUCCAGGGUAGUAGACAGGCAAGGAUGUGGAAGUGGGGAGAGUGAUAGCUGCUGAAGUACUGCAGCUUCUGGAACAGAACUCUCCAGAGAUAAAGAGACACUUUUUUUUUUUGAGACAGAGUGUCACUUUGUUGCCUUGGCUAGAGUGAGUGCCGUGGCGUCAGCCUAGC